AUGCAGGUUAAGAGUUUGAUUAGCAGUGUAGCGUUGUGGGGAUGUGCAUUCACUGUGGCUAAUCCUAUUAUUGGGUGGGGUAUUGGCGAUGUGGAUAAGAAAGCUCCAAUGCCUCCUGGAUUUGGUGAAACAAAGCCUAUCCCUGGGGAUUCGCCACUGAAGAUGUGUGACAUCGCCGAGGGGCAGUUGCUAGAGAUAACUAAAUUAGAUCUGGUUCCAAACCCACCCAAGAGGGGAUCGAAGCUGGUGAUAAAGGCCAGUGGUGAGAUAUUUGAGACCAUUGAAGAAGGCGCAUAUGUUGAUGUGGAAGUAAGGCUUGGGUACAUUAAACUUUUGACGCAAACUUACGACCUUUGUGAAAUACUGGAAGACAACGACGUAGACGGGCUGACCUGUCCAAUCAAGAAGGGCAAAUACGACAACUUAUCAAAGGAUGUCGAUAUCCCACAAGAGGUCCCACCAGGAAAGUACCUUGUGACCGCAAGGGCAUACACAAACGACGAUGACCUAAUAACUUGCAUCACAGGCGAGGUGUAUUUCCCACCACCUGGAAUCUAA